AGACUUAUGCGUCGCGGAAGCGGGUCCCGCAGGUCGCCGCGGUCGGGGAAUCACGGCUAACGCCACCCCGAUCUUGAGGGGUCUUGAAAAUGUACAGCCAGAGGUUUGGCACCGUACAACGCGAAGUUAAGGGCCCCACUCCCAACGUGGUGAUCGUGAGAGCCAAGCCUCCCAAAGACCAAAAGGUUGAGCAACAUCUAGAAAGAAUCCGACGCAGUCAUCAGAAGUAUCAUGCUAUUUUGGCCUCUAUUAAGUCUAAUGAACGGGACCGCUUGAAAGUUGAGUGGAACCAGCAUAAUGACCGCAAGUUUUUGGAAAACCUUGUGCAAGCAAGAAUCAAGGAUGCUGUGCAAGGAUUUAUUAUUAAUAUUGAAGAAAGACGAAAUAAGCUACGUGAACUUUUAGCAUCAGAAGAAAAUGCAUAUUUUACUGAGAUGCAAUUGAAAGAAGAAACCCUUGAGGAGAAAAAAGAUAGAAUGAGAGAGAAAACUAGAGUAUUAAAAGAAAAGAAAGAAAAAGAGAGACAGGAUUUUGUGGCUGAAAAACUAGACCAGCAAUUCAGGGAGUGCUGUGAGGAGCUCCGUACUGAAUUGUGUUGUCUCCAUCAGAAGAAAGUGUGUGAGGAGCGGAAAGCACAGAUAGCAUUUAAUGAGGAGCUAAAGAGGCAAAAGCUGUUGGAAAAGGAGAUGUUUGCGAGGCUUUGGGAGGAAGACCGGUUAGCCAAGGAAAGGCGAGAAGCCCAAGAGAUGAGGAGACAAAAAGAGCUGGUGGAGAACACACGCCUGGGGCUGAACGCCCAGAUCACCAGCAUGAAGGCGCAGCGGCAGGCCGCACAGCUGCUGAAGGAGGAGGAGGCGCGCCUUGUGGAAAAUGACAUCGCACAGGUUAAACUUGAGGAUGAACAGGAUAAGCUAAAGAAACAGAAAACAAAACAGGAAAUUAGGAAUGUUCUGCAAAACUCCCUACAAGAGAAGAUAAAGCAGAUUCAGCAGGAAUACAGAGAAGAACAGGACUUGAACAUGAAACUGGUGCAAAGGGCCCUUCAAGACUUACAGGAAGAGGCAGAUAAAAAGAAGCAAAAAAGAGAAGAGAUGAUAAGGGAACAGAAGAUAUAUUAUAAAUAUUUGGCACAGAGAUGUGAAGAAGAAAAAUCUCAGGAGAAAGAACUGGAUAGAAUAAUAGAGGAAGAGAAGGAAAAGAAGUGGGCUGAGAAGGAGAAGGAGCUGAAACUUGAAAAGGAGGCAAGGCGGCAACUUGCAGAUGAGGUCAUGUGUACAAGAAAACUUCAAGUUCAGGAAAAGAUGCAACGCAAAGCUAAAGAACAGGAAGAACUCGCAAUGGAAAAGGAACGCAUAAAUGACGGCCUUAAAGAGCUUAACUGUGAAGAGAAAGAGAAUUUUGCAAGACGCCAAGCUUUAGCCCAGGAGUACCGGAAGCAACUUCAGGAGCAAAUAGCCUACCAGGAGAAGGCCCGAGAGGCAGAGGGGGCAGAGAAACGCCGAGAAUUUGAAGCAGGGGUAGAAGCAAACAAGAUUUGCUUGGACAAGAUCCAGGAGAUCCUGUCCUCUCAAGUGCUGCCCCAGUAUAUCCAUCCCAUGCGGAAAACGUGCCCUAGCAAGCUCCCACCAUAGUUGCAUGAGCAUAACUUUUCUCAGUCUUUUAGUAUUUUUAACAACAGUAUUGCUUGGAUGUUCAUUUUAACUCAUGGGUAAGCUAUUCUUUUUUUUCUUUGAGUUUGUAUAAUUAGUUGUACAAAAUUUUCUUUCUUCAAAUAAACUUGUUCCAUUUUUAGAUUUCAUAGACCUACAAAUCC